AUGCCCCUCCAUGGGACGAUGUUUCCCAUCUUUAUGGUGGUUGCCUUUAUGUGUACUAUCUUCACAUGUUCAUGGGAUUUACUCAUGGAUUGGUCGCUUAUGAGACCCCACGCAAGACAUAAAUUCCUGCGCCAAAACCUGAUUUACACUAAUUCAGUGCCAGUCUAUUACUUUUCCAUGGUGAUCCAAUUAUUGGAUAUUUUGCUUCGCUCCACCUGGUUGUGGUACAUCCCAUUUCGUUCACGCGGUUUGAGCCUCUCAGCGAGGGGGUUCAUUUUUGGGGCUCUCGAAAUGCUCCGUCGUGUGCAAUGGAACUUCUAUCGAGUGGAAAAUGAACAUCUUGGCAACAUGGAUCAGUAUCGCGUUACUCGGGAAGUACCCCUGCCUUACUCCCGGGACGACGGAGACGAAGAUGAUUACUCCGGAACCGAGGACCUCUAG